AUAAAUAAAUAAAUAAAUAAAUAAAUAAAUAAAUAAAUAAAUAAAUAAAUAAAUAGAAUAAUACAACUCUUUGAAUGAAAGUAAAUCUUGUUUGGAUGUUAUUAUUAAACAAACAAAUUAUAUUAAAAGGGAAAACAAAUAAAAUAAACAAGAAAAUAUAUAGUUAAUAAGGAUCGUAAAGUUAACUGAAAAGUGUUUUUAUGAAUCAACAGACAAAAGGAGAGACAGCUAUGGUACAUUCUAAUUAUCGUUGUUUCCGUUGUUUGUUUCGAAUAGUUGAAAGGUUGCAAGCUAAUUUCUUUCUUUAAUUAUUCCUAAUACUUUCGUAGCCUACAAAGUCUUAAACUUAACAGAAUUAAGGACAAACAUCGUUAAAACUGGUUAGUUUAGUUUGUUUGUUUUGUUUUGUCAUUUUGUCAUCUUUCUGUUUAGUUUUGUUUUGACUUUGCUGUGGUUGUUUUGAAAGCAGACUCAUAAUUUUUGCUACGUAUUUUUUGUGGGUUUUUUUUGUCUAUUUGCUAUUUUUAAUGUCAUUAAUUCGGUCAUUCUGUUUUAGUUUAUUGAAAUUAUUUUUGUUAAACAUGUUAAAAGUUUUAUAUUUAUAUAGGUGCUUGUUACAUAGAUUAAUUCCUCUCAAAUUUGUUUAUAAUUGCUUCAAAAACUUGUCUGGGGUUUUAUGGUAUGGCGAAGUCGACGUGAGCGUGUGUAAAAAGAUUAAUCUUUAGAGAAGAAAGGUCGUAAAGAAUAUAACUGUAAAUAUCUUUCAUCCCAAAAGCUGAACCAGACACAGGAUUUCCCAAAAAUCAACUUUGAAAUUAUAGAGUGUUUUAGCGAAUUUUACUUUAAAAUAUCAUCUUUUUUAUAAUCUCGUUGUUUUUGCUUAAUGCAAAAUCUAACUGCUCCUAUAGGAUUUCUUGAGCGUUUUCGUUAAAGAUGCUAGUUGUAAAUUAGGGCUUUAAAAGUUAUGUCCAGUCCGUUGAAGAGAGAUUGUGACCAUCAUUCAAUCAGCUCUUGAAAAAAAUGUCCGUUGUUGCUAGGAACAUAGAUCCUCCGAGGUUGCAGAGAGGUAGAGUUAUUAAGAUUUUUCUGUUUUUCUCCAAUUUAAAAAGGUGGUGGAAAUUUUAAACAUUGAUGGUGACCUAGCGCCUUUAAGUCGAAAGUCCACUUUAAUCUUUUAGAACGCCAGUUCAAGGUGCACGUAUUGAAGUGCCCUAUAUUGUGUAAAAUCAUUUUGACUUUUUUGAGAGCGCUGUGAGUACUGAAGUGUAUACUAACGUAAGUUCAUGAUUUCAACCAAAGAAUUUGCUUGAAUCGCCGCCACUUUGCGUUUGUGCGCGCAUUUCUGUUUCCAAUGCUUUGCGAUCACAGUGGAAUUUCCCCUUUAGGGUUAAGGCUAAUGUUUUAUAACUGUUAAAAAAUGUUAAAGCUGGACCGGAAAAACGUCACAGUUAUAUUAGAAAGCACUUUUUUAUAAUACUUGUCUUCCUCUUUUAAAAUUGGCAAUAUGUUACCGCCGCAAUUUUAUAAAAAAUAAUGAAUAAUUAAAGAACUUCUAUAAUGCUGGAAUCAUUCCAACAACAACAACAACAACAACAAAAAUAAUCGGUAAAUAAUCAAAAUGCAGUUGUCUAACGGUGCAAAAUAUUAUGAUUAAACUUUUUUUAUUUAAAUAUUUUUUGUUAUCGUUCUUCUUCUUUUAUUUAUAAUCACACUUUUACAUAGCCUUAUCCAUUUCAUACCCAAACUUUUUCAUUCAAACCCUACACAUUCACAAUUUUUGUCAUUUGAUAUGAAGAUUCUUGUAUUGAGAGUUCAAUGACAUUAUUUACGCAUGUUUUGAUUCCAAUGAGUCAGAAAAGUCACGCAAGGUAUAAAAUGACGACCAAUUGACUGUCUUUGUACUCGAUAGUGGAUACAGUAAUGAUCCCUUCAGGGUUUUUUCGUACCAUAUGCCCCAAAAAUCUCUUUCUACGAAAGAUAACACUUUCUUGGGUAACGGUAGAAUAUUUGAAGUAGGCUUUCACAGGCUUGCAAUAAUUCUUGUACAACUUAUUUAUGGCAUUAUAAUGAAUUAGUAAAAUAUCCACAUAUUUUUUACACAGGAUUAAUUAAGAAAAAUUUAAGUAUCCUGUACAACCAAGUUGCAGUCUGGCUAACUGAAAACCAGACUGAUAAUAAUAAAAAUUUAACAAAUCACAAAGUUGAAACAACCAGCACUUUAUUCUAAAAGCAAUUAAUGACCACGCCAGUUAGAAUGGAGAAUAAAAGACAUAACCAUCAUGUUAUAUAUUAGACAGAUGUUAUUUCACCGACCAAAAGACAGUCCUUUGUCGUGGGGACAGCUGACAGUUUUCCAAUUCAGUGCAAUGUAUUAUUAAAGCGCAAUGAUGGUAAGUCCUUUAUAGGGUGUGUAUAAUAAAAAGUCGAAAUGCUGCAUGGAAAAGUGCGAAUGGUGACUUUUAAAGAAUUAAGAGUGUAGAAGUUUUAAAUCUAAACGAAAAAGUCUGAACACGGAAGGCAGAAAUCCAAAUACAUGAUGGGCAUAAGAAAAGUCGAUCCUCAGUAAAGAAAACCUUUAGUGGUGGCGAAAAUCUGAGGCGACUUUUUUUGGGCUGGUAACGUACUUAAUAAAGAAAAAACGAUAAUUAAAAAAGACCUGAAAAGGAUUCAAUCUAAAUGUUGCAUCAUAUGAGCGUCAAUAAUAAUUACUGUCUUUUUUUAUACUGAUCGUUCUGGAACGCAAAAAUAUACUUUUAUAUGUAAUUACAUUUCUGUACAUAGGUAAAUAUUUAUCAUCAGACGAUCCCACCGCACGUAGUGUGGUGGGUUCGUCUGCGACUCCCAGUUCUGAAGACCGCGGAUCGAAUCCCGCUCACUGCCGGGCAGUAUGUUAGUUAUGAACAAAGUAGUUCUUCUACAAUAUUACUUUUCUGUAAUUACGUCUAAGCUGAUAUUAGGUCGGUCGAGCAGCAUACCCUUAAAUGUUAGCCUGCUUUUGACAACAACAAAAUCGAAAUUAUAAGGUGUAAUAUUUACAACAUAACUGACGGUUUGAGCGACAAUGAAAUCUUGAAGUGUCCCAUCAAAAAGGCUAAAAUUAAGAAACCUAUCACAUACCAUUAAAUAAGUUUUUAUUUAAUGACUGACGGCGUUACAAAGAUAGACUUUUUACAUUGUGUUAAGAUACGAAACAAUAGUGAAUUAUGUCAAAAUGUGUUUUAGUUAGUGUAAAUAAAGGCUAUUGAAAGGUAAAAUUUAUAAGUGUUUUCCCUAACGAAGGCCUAAAAAUGUAUGCUUUUGUCACAGAGUUUAUCUAAUAUAUAAAGAUUUUUUCAUGAAAUGACCUUGAGUUGGUCUACGUAAAUUCUGCAAAACACUAAUAGCAUCUCCACAACCUCGACUGCAUCCUGAGAUUAUAUUAUAAAUAACGUUUGAAUUUUGAAACAAUUUAAAGAAUUUUCGCAAACAACUUAAUCGCGGUUAAGUCCACAAAAGUUGAUUAGGUUUGGUAUAGCUGGAAAUUGCACGUAAUUAUUUUCGUCUUAUUUAUAUCUCCUUGUUGCUAUGAUACAGUAAAAAACAAACUUAAAUUUCUAUAAUUGAGUUACAGAAGGAGAUAUAUAUCGAUUAUGCUGUUUGCUUAUAUCAUUAGGAUAUCUAUCAAGUUUUUGUUCAGGUUUUCAAAUUGAGUAAAUGAAAAUUACAGUUUUCAUCUAUAUGUUUCGCAAUUUUGUAUGGAAAUGUUGUUUUUUUUAUUAGAUUCCCUACAAACAGAUUGUAUAAGUUUCACGUAACACAAAUAUAAUUUUGUUGGGUUAUUUUGUGAAAGAUCUUUAUUUAUGCUUAAGUUUUAGGAAUUAUCGUUGUUUUUUUAAAGAGAGUUUCCAGACAGUGAACUAUUGGUGAUGAGACGCUUUUGACUGGAGAAUUCACUCUCUAUGGAACCAGAGUAAACACUCUGGCUGACUGGAUUUUCACAUUUACAGAAAUUCCGUCGAAAAGAAAGACAGUGAAAUCAAUUUUAGGUGAAAUGAAAUUUUAUUUUUUAUCAUUUAGAAAAGUUAAUUUAUUUUAGCAAAGUACUGGUAUGCCCUUCUCAAUAUGAAUGCCGAAGAAAUAACCUCAGUCACCUUCUUAACCAUCAUCAUGACUGUAUCAGUCAUUGGAAAUUCUUUGGUAAUACUUGCAACAUUAAUCAGUCAGAAUCUACGUGGCUUCACAAACAUUCUCAUCUUCAAUCUAUCGAUUUCAGACCUGCUGAUAACAACAGUAAGCCUACCAAUCCGGAUGUCGCAAUACUUCAGGACAGAUACUUUCUCUGCUUUGUCCGACUGCAAAAUCAGUGUUGCACUUACUGUGUUUUUGUUUACGUCAACUAAUAUGAACCUACUGUUAAUCACCAUAGAUCGAUUUUUUGGAGCAGUAUAUCCUUUAAAGUAUCGCGCGAGAACUGAAUCCCGAACAACCCUUGUCGUUGGAAUAUUUGCAUCGUGGACUAUAUCUUUAAUUAUCGGAACAUUUCCGUUCUUCAUAUAUGGUGAAAAAGACAGCGUGAAUGAUACCCGAAUUACAGUAUGCACAUUUAGUACGGUGCUAAAAUCGGGGUACGUGAUUUUCAUUGAAAUUGGUGGCUUAACUGUACCUUGGCUUAUUAUGAUAACAAUGUACGUUAAAAUCUUCAUCGUAAUUUAUAAGUCCAGGCAUAAUAAAAUACGUUCCAGCACUAACACAAACAUCAUAGAUCUAUCACGCAGGAAAAGAAGUUCCCAAAGUAAUAUCGUCGUGCAAAAAAUAAAAAGAAUAACACAUGAAAUAAGAUUAUCUAAGGUAGUUUUUAUAAUUGUUGCAUUUUAUUCUGUAUGUAUGGUACCGAUCGGGUUGAUUGAUUUGAUUGAGACAAUCAACUAUGAGCCAUUAGUGCCAAUAACAGUAAUUAAAGUAGCCCUGCUGCUGGCAUACGCUAAUUCUGCAAUAAAUCCUCCCAUAUAUGCAGCCAGUAGCAGCAAAUAUCGCAAACAUUUUUACCAUCUACUUUGCUGUUUUCACAUAAAACAAAAGAGGAGACAAAAUCGAGUAAGUCCUGCUAAUGGCGUACCUUUGCCAAACCAGCAUAACACUUAUCGACAUAGUAGAGAAGUUGAUACGAAUCUUGCAAUAAAGUGAAAAAAAAUGGAAUCGCAGCUCAGGCAAAUAUCAAUUGUACUUUUUCAGUUUGAAUUGCCAACAAGGUUUAAGAGAACAUUAGCACAUUGACAGUCCUUGCAGUGUAUCACUUUGUAAUCCCGUUACACUUAGUAAUCCCAUCGCACUUUGUAAUCCUGUCGCAAUUUUUAACCCAUUUUGUCGCACUUUGUAAUCGCCAGCCUAUCCCAAUUUUUAACCCUACCUUGUCACACUUUGUCACAUCCCGUAAAAAUUCCGUAGCACUUUGCAAUCGCAAACAUAUUGCAAUUGUGUAAUCUUUUUAUAUCGCACUUUGUAAUCUCUGACCUGCUGCAAUUUGUGGUCCCAUCGUAUUAAACUUUGUAAUCCUCCGACCUGCUGCAAUUUGUGGUCCCAUCGUAUUAAACUUUGUAAUCUCCGACCUGCUGCAAUUUGUGGUCCCAUCGUAUUAAACUUUGUAAUCUCCGACCUGCUGCAAUUUGUGGUCCCAUCGUAUUAAACUUUGUAAUCUCCGAUAUUUUGCGACAGAAUAUUUCUCUCGUAUAUCUCUGUGAUUGUUUCUGAAACGCUUUUUGUAUUAAGUAAGGAAAAAAAAAUGACGAUUA